AGUCUGCCGCCCGCGCCUGCGCUUUGCUGUCGCAGUCGGUGGGCGAAGCCACAAAUAAGGCUGAAAGGCCUUUUCUAAAUGUGAUUGUUAAUCCAGUAUCUGUUGUGGUUUUACGGCCAGCAUAAAGGAGUGUAACCCCAGCAGUUAAAACUAAUUUCAGAUUUGCAUUUUGGAGAUGACCGAACAAUAUGUGAACCUAGUCCAGUCCACUGAGGGCUGUUUCUUUAUAAUACUUGGUUCAGGAGCAAACCUGGUUCAUUUGUUUUCAAACAUAGAAAGCAACGUGAGCCGAUGUUUGGUCUCUUGAGUUUCGCAGCGACAACAAGCUUGUUGGCAAUUGCAAGCACAAACCUUGAUCCUACUCUUUAUAGAAUAUAUGAAAAAUUGGUUGUUUUAAUUCGUACAUGUUUCUUAUAGCUUCAGAAAAUCUAUCAAGAUGUUUUCAAAGACAACGGGAUCCUUGAAGGUUCUGCGGAUCAUACGUUGUUAUGUUGGCCACAGGAGUUUCUGGGGGUGGUUGAAUGCUGUUUUCAACAAGGUGGAUUAUGAUCGUAUAGAGGCUGUUGGUCCAGACAGGGCAGCAUCGGAGUGGUUGCUUCGUUGUGGUGCUAGUGUGCGUUACAAAGGUUUUGACAAGUGGCAAAACAAUUACAAUCACCUACCGACUGGUCCAUUGGAAAAAUUCAAAAUUGAAGGAAUUGAUGCCACAGAAUCAUGCAUUAUGUUCAAAGGAUUUGACUACCUUGAUUAUCUAGAACAUGUCGAAGAAAUUAAAUUCCAGAGGUGUAUAUACAUUCAAGAUGAAUGUCUUGAGAGACUAUGCAAGAUAGAAAAUUUGCAAAAGAGUCUUCGAUGGCUGGAAAUUAUUUCUUGUGGAAAUGUCACAGACCGGGGAAUCAUAACUCUUCACUUUCUUAAAAACUUAAGGUACUUGUUUCUAAGUGAUCUUCCUGGCAUAGAAGAAAAAGAAAAAACUCUUCAGGUUUUACUAAGAGCUCUACCUGCCUGUGAGAUUAAAGUUGAUCUAGAGUGAACCUACAAUUUGGAAAUUUAUGUAUAGUCUAAAUAAAAUGCUACUUUGCAAAUAGCAGGAUGGAUGAUAUACGAUUACAUGAAAUUAUCUGCAAAAAAGUAGGCUUGUGCUUUUGCAGUAUUAUUUAAAAUUAGAUUGUGUUAGUCACAAGUAUGUUCACUAAAGCUGCCCAAAGUGUUUUACUCAUCUGUGAAAUUGGAUUUGAGCCUCUAAAUUGUGAAUGCACAUUUAUCUACAGUACCUUUUGUCCUGACAAAUGGAUAAUAAAAUAUCUGUGAAUAAAGAUUGUAAAAGUU